AUGGCUCGAGCAUUCCCUCGCCUCUCAGCCAGCCUCAGACUGCCGGAUCACACUCAAGAUGCCAGCGCCGCCAAGAAAGAGUACCCCGGCCUUGGCCUCGACAUCCGCCACGACGACUCAAUCGACCGCGACGUGAUUUAUCCGGUUGGAAUCCACUUCAAUUGUUACGGCAGCGAGUCGGAGAUGCUACUCGUCCGUGAGGUCGCCAUGAUGAUGAUCAUGGAGAGCAUCACGGACAAGCCGGAUUGGCACAUCAAGGUCUUUGAUGCAGAGAUUGCGAACAGGUGGAAGGCUGAGGCGUUGGCACUGCCGGUUGACGCCAUGUAUAAGGAGAUUGCUGAGGACCGGAUUGCCUGGCCUGAUGGAGCAUUUGCUGGGCAGGCACCAAAACCAAAGACUAUCUUGGACGAAGCAUGCGUCGAUUAUUGUAUCAAGGAGCUGCGUGCCAAGGCGGAGUAUUUCAAGAAAUCGGGUCUCGUACCCACGCUUGAUGCCUCAGCCACGGUCGUCAAGUCUGAUAUUUUGAUCGAUGAAGAGCUAAAGCGGGAACUCCGUGUUGCAUUCGAAAAGCUCAAGGAAGAGCAAAUGGCUAAUCCUGACUGGCAUCCAGGGACUGAGAGCCGGGUCCAAGACCUUGUUCACCCUUCCUUGUACCCACUGGUCUAUGGCCGCACUCCCGUCAUGCAAAAUGAGGUGGUGGGUGUCGAGGACGCCAUCUCCUGGACUGGUAAGGGAGAUGUGAUCUUGCAGACUACAGAAACCCCUAGUACUGUAGAUAUACGCAGAAGCAUCGACUAUUCGGUAGGCGGUUCCAAGGUCGAGCCUACCUUCUGGUCUCUGGACUACCAGUGGUUGCCCUCGAAUGUAGCAUUUCAGUCUGAUGGGAGUGUCAAGUUCACCAGCUACAUCAACAAUCUGCAUCCCUUGAAGCACCGGGGCAUCUACAAGACAAUCGAAAAACUGGUCGGAAGAGCCCUUUGCGCUUGGGACUUUUGUCUAGCACAGCACAGUUCUGGUAUGUCGAGUGGGCUCGGACGGACAAAACCCCGAUUUCCCAGGCCAGCGAACCCAUGUGACAGCAACCUCCGCAACUGGAACCCUUCCAUGCCCGACGGCAUGGUGAAUGUGAUCUCAAAGGAAACACUCAGCCACGACAACUACUUCGACUACAUCGAUUAUUCCGAUCCCCGUAUUAUUAAAUGGGCCGAAACACGCGAAGCCGUUCAACCUAGCCCUCCGGACUUUUCAGCUUGGCCAUAUGGAGCGGCCAGAAUUCCCCCACUCCGCGAGCGCUUCCAAGACUCGGGUCUCCAGAUCAUCGUUAAGAUGGCCUCCAUCGAGCUCACCCCCGACAAGAACCCCUCUUUCCCACUCGGCGGCUGGCAUGUAGAGGGCCAAAUGAACGAGCACAUCAUCGGCACAGCACUGUACUAUCUUGACUCGGAAAACAUCACGCCCAGCAGCCUGCAGUUCCGGAUGCAAACGAGUCCGUACCAGGAUGAGUACCAGACUGCAGUGGAUCAGAACUCUUUCAGCUGGAUGGAGCAAGUAUUUGGGGUGUUUCUGGGGCCCAUGUCUGGAGGCGCGUGCCUGCAGAACUAUGGCCGAGUCGAGACUCGCGAGGGGAGGCUACUGGCGUUCCCCAACGUGUUUCACCAUCGCGUUACGCCCUUUGAGUUGGCUGAUAAAACGAAGCCGGGGCACAGGCGGUUUAUCGCGUUAUGGCUCGUGGAUCCCUUUACGCGUGUUAUCAACACCGCGAAUGUCCCGCCCCAACAAGAGGAAUGGGUUGAGAAUAAGGGGAUUGACGGCAUCAUGAGUGUAGAUGAGGCAAAGGGGCACCGGGAAAAGUUGAUGAAGGAGAGGGCUGCGUUUCGAAACGGGGCGGAGGGAUCAUGGGAGGGGGUGGAUUAUGGCUUUUGUGAACAUUAG